CAGCAACUCUGAAACACCCUGUAUAGAUCAAUAUGGCAUAGCAAACGAAUGUUCUCUGAGUCACCCUGUAUAGCAGCAGAAUUCUUGUCUCAAUAAUAAUCUCUAGUUAGCUAUGAAUUCAGAAAUAUGUGCACUACUGUUACCAUAGCAACUGAUGUUUGAAUAUUGUCAAAAUAUUUCUAUCUUCUAGAAAGAUUACAAGUCAUGAAUAAUUCAUCCAGAAUGUUGUUUCAAAUCAGUUUCCUCAUCCUGUGUUCCGCCCAAUACACUAUUAGUGUUCCAACUUCGAAAACAACAAGAACAACAAGUGCACCUCUGACUACUUCAAUACUGGAAAAUGAAUUCCUGUCCAAAGUAAUGCAUGCCAUACCACAUGAGAAAAUAACCGAGAUAGCUAAUGCUCAUUUGAAAUCUGAUGAAAACUUCCAAGCUGCUGUCAAGUACCUGCAAAAUGAGACGUUCCUGGAUCUUAUGGAGACCAUAGAAAAGAAACCUGAAUGGACUGCUUUCAGAAACAUUGUCAAAGAAGAUACAGGCCUGGACAUUUCAAGUGUUUUCAAAUGUGUGGUCAAUUUCCUCAGAAGUGUCAAAGUUGAUGGAACUGGAACAGCAGAAAGGAGCUUCAAACCUUUCAUCAUGGAUGUAUUCAAAGAAAUACCUUUUCCAAAUAUCAUGGCUGAGCUGAAUUCUAAGGAGAAUGCUAGUAAAUUUGAAGAAUUGUACAAUAAAAUGUCAAGUGCCCAUACUAAGAAAAUUGUAGCAAAUCUGAUACAUUUGCCAGAGGUCAAAAAGUUUUUAGAUUCAAUCAAUGAUAUGGAUCUGAAAGUAUAUGAUUUACUAGCAUUUAUUUUUGGAUUUCUUAAAUGGGGAGAAAUCCAGAUACCAUCAACCUAUGAAACUUUAUUAGUUCAACUUUCAUAAAUUCAUGAAUAUGUUCAAAAUGUGUAUUUAUGUAUUGUUAUUGUUAUAUUAUGUUAGUUGUUUAAUAAAUUUCUAACUUACC